CUCACAGCUUCCCUUUAGCACGAACACACGGCGGCGAGGACGGACAUCACCAUGUCGGGUCACAGCCAGACGAGCAGCCCAGGAGACCACCUGCUGCACAUACCUGAGCAGAACCACAGUCAUGCGAGAGUCAAACAGCUGUCACCUGCCCACGUGCGUAAACUGGGGACGACCAGAAAACUUCGAGAGCGGAGGGACAUCAAGGAGGAUGAAAAUCCUGCAGAGAAACAGCGGCGGCACAAGGAGAUGGAGCUGAAGCCGCUGUAUAAGGAGCUGCUGUACACCAUCGCUCACACCAUGGGGGCGCCGUCGUCCACGGGCACGUUCACAGCCGAGCAGCUUCAGCAGAACAUCAAGGAGGCCUUCGGUAUGAGCGAGUCGGAGCACAGCAGCCUGCAGGAGAAAACGCAGAGAUCAGAGCCUCCUGUGUGCUGCCUGAUGGCCACCGUGAAGGAAGCCAAGGGAAUCCUGGGUAAAGACAUCAGCGGUUUUAGUGACCCGUACUGCAUGCUGAGUAUACUGGAGGACGAGGAAGAGAGUCGUACCCGUCAAUCCAGAUCCAAACCCUCUAAAUAUGUGGUAAAAGACGCCGUAUCUGACGACAAAAUCUACCAGACAGAUGUGAAGAAACAGACUCUGAACCCCGUCUGGAACCAAACCUUCAUUCUAGAGUUUGAGGACGUCUCCAGUGCCAGUUUCCACCUGGAGAUGUGGGACAAAGACGAAGAAGUCUCGCUCACUCAGAAACUCGAGGAAUUCAAAACCAACUUCAACAGUUUAAGAAGGAUGAUCAAAGACGCCAAGAAAGAGAAAGGCACAGAUGACUUCCUGGGUAAAGUGGUCCUGAAACUUCAGGAUCUCCACUGCACUGAAGACAACUGGUACAAUCUGGAGCCAAGAACUGAGACGUACCCUGACCGUGGCCAGUGCCACCUUCAACUCAAGUUCAUCCACAAAGCGAGAGAUGAGACGCUGAGUGCUGGCCGAAGUGCUUACGUCAACUACUGUGGGAUUCUUCAGCAGUUUGUUCAGUCGUACAUCUCCAGGCAGCAGGGCUGCGGUCCAUGGAAAGGGGAUUUAUGUGGAGAGGCUCAGGCACUCCUGGAGCUUUACGCUACGCAGAACGACCUGUCACCUUUUCUUCAGGACCUGGCAAAGUGGGUGGCUUACAGUAAACUCUACCAGAGUUUGGAGGUGGACUCCUCGGUGCUGCUCCAGCAGCUCACCAGCAUUGAGUACCACUGGCACCAGCAGGAGCUGCCAUACCAACAGAAACAGGAACUUGGGGACUCGCUUCACGGUUUCCUGCAGUAUGGACUGUGCCUGGUGUCCAAAUACAGAGACAUCUUCCCGCCAACAGUUGCUGCAACUCCAAAACUGCACACGCUCCUCAGAAUCUUGGUGCAGAUCUGUAAGACCCAGGCCUUCCAGAAGCUGAACCCGGCUCAGUUUGAUCUUCACGAUGAAGUCUGUGAUGCUGUCCAGGUGGGCACGGAGGAGUGGUUCGCCCUCAAAAAGGGUUUGCACCAGCCGAUGACCAAGGAUCUGUCAGAGAUCGUGAGCGCCCUCUCCAGGCUGGUUGUGGAGACGCAGCAAGACAUCAAACAUAACAAGGACGUCUGGAACAGAGUAUUUGUCAGCGCUGUGCAGCUGGAUGUGUUCACGGCAGUUUACCAUAAACACGACUUCCUGAUUGCAAAGGAAGUGGGUGAAGUCUUGUCACUGAUGGAGGGUCAGAUGGAGCAGCCUUUAGCCAACAGCCUGUUCCCGCUGUACCUGAGCCUCCAGGCCAUCCACAAAGACAAGGCUUUCCUUCAGAGGAGGGGAUUACUCGAGCUGACAAACUUUCAUGAAGGCUUCAGAGAAGCUUUGCCUUACUGGCUGAACCAGGCCUUCAGUACCACUCAGGACCGGGUCGAGCGGGCCGUGCAGGUAGACCAGCUGCAGCCUCUGCAGUCUGGUUCAGUUCCCAUAAAACACAGCUCCUCUGCGGUGGACCUGGCGGCGUGCAUCCAUCCCGUCUGCCAGCUGUGGGAGCAGCUGUCCUGGCCCGACCCCGAAGAGGCCUUCAUGCUCAUGGUCAAAAUCACCGAGGAUGUUUGCAAGAUUGUGGUGACCUACUGCCAAAUCCUGAAGGAGAGGGUCAGGACGCUGUCCGAGAACUCCGACCACUGCAGCGCCAUCAACAUGCUGUGCGUGGUGGUCAAUGACCUGGAGCACCUACGCUCAGUGCUGACCCGCGUUCCGACCCAGCUCAACUGGGCUGGACUUCGCGAACGGACACAUCACGUCAUCGGGGAGAGUCAGUUCCACAACACGCUGCCCUCACAGGUCCAGCAGACCCAGAGCAUCCUGGACCGAGAGAUCCGCUCCGCUUUGGACACCCUGGGAAAACAGCUCAACACCGACAUCGAGACGUAUGUGAGGAGUAUGGUGUCCAGGCAGAGGCUUCCGUCCAAGUCCACAGAGGACGCUGCAGCUCCUCUGAUGCGCUACCUGGAGAAAGAGCUUCAGUAUAUGAAUGAAAACCUGGUUCAAGAGAACUUCAACAGUCUGCUGACACCGCUGUGGAAUAACUCACUGAAGAUCAUCUACCAGGUGGCCACACGGCAGCAACAGCAAGAAGGGCUGAUGGUGUUCUGUCAGAGGCUGCUCUACACUCUGCAGUGCCUGGAGCAGUGCUUCCACGCUGAUGGAAACGGACUCCCCCUGCAGGCGCUCCACUCCGACGAGUACAAGGUUCUGAAGGCUCACCUGACUCAUAAUUCCCUGAGCAGUCGGCAGCUAGUGGAAGAAUUCCUCAACAGGAAAAUCUGGGAGCAGAAGGUGUUGUGUGGAGAGAAAUACGGCGCAGUCACUCUGCUCGCCUCCUACAGGAGGUCCGACCACCGGCUGAGGGUGGAGGUGUUGAACGCCGCCCACCUUCUUCCGAUGGACUCCAACGGUCUGAGCGAUCCGUUUGUGCAGCUCUGUCUGGAGCCUCAGCAUGUCUUCCCGGAGGUGGAGCCUCGCUGCACACAGGUUAAGAGCUGCGACCUCAACCCGCUGUUCGACGAGGCCUUUGAAUUCCUGGUCUCUCUGGAGCAGUGCCGCGCUCCGGGGGCGUGUCUGGUGGUGACUGUUCUGGACCACGACAUCUUGAAGACAGACGACUUUGAAGGCGAGGCCUUCUUGUCCCUCAAAGCCAUCCCAGGAGUCGGUGGAGGGAGGGACGGCGCAGAGGAGGUGGUCACCUCCCAGCCGGAUGCGCCUCCUGCUCAAAUACGACUGCCUCUGAUGCAUCCCAAACCAAACGAUGACAACAUUUUGAGGUUACUGGAGUCCAGAAAAGGGGAGCAGGAGACUCAGGCUUUUGUCAAGAAGCGUCGGCAGAGAGAAAAACAAUCACAGGAGGCAAUUCAACCAUGAACAAACAACACCCAGGAACAGCUCUUUCCUCCAAAAAUAUACAAUUUGUUUUAAUGAUCUAUACAAAAAAAACAAAACAUGAAAUCCACUGAGAAGGAAACGCUUUCCAGUACGUGCGGCCAGAACCGGAGCCCAAACACUUUCACACCACAAACGCGUCCAUCUGCUUCAUCCAAUCAGUGCAAGAGAAAUGACGUCAUCGCUUCUGUAAAUAUCUGUAUGAUAAUAUAUCAGACCAUGGUUGACACACAGUGAAAUGUCACACAUCACUACAGAUGUAAAGAUUUGGGAAGCGGAACCUGUGUCACAAUUUAUAAAGUACAAAAAAAAUAUUAAUAAUAAUAAAUGUGUUUGACUUCUACGCAGUAAAAAUGAUGCCAUUUCAAAGAGGACACGUAGCCGUUUUGCCUCGAUUGUGUUAACAUGCUUUGUUCUUCCAGUUUCUGCAGAAGAUUCGAGGAAACCUGAGUUCAUUAACGGAGGAUGCCUGUUGUCAAUUUCAACAACUAUUAGUAACCUUUAAAUAUUAUUCAACAGUAAAACCACCCACUUUAAAUUUAUUAAACGCAGAAUCUAAAUCUACACGAGCGCGACCUGCAGGCUGCUAAAGACUGCACCCUUUGGCUGUAGCAUUAUUGGAUAGUUGUUUCAAUUACACUAAAUAUGCCCUCUGAAUCUGUAAAGACGACGCAGUAUGUCCCCCCCAAAAAAACAAACAAACAAACAAAGCCUCAGCCAUUCAUGUUUGUCCAUGAGCCAAAAGACAAUUUUGACCUAAUAAGGACCACUUAAGGGAACUAAACAACUCUUAGAAUCCAGCCUCACUCCACCGUGACUUACACAAGUAUGUAUGGUGGCCAUCCAGGGGAAGGGGCUGUCAAUACUUUAAAAAGCUCCAAUUAUACUGGAAACUAUACCACAUUAUUUGUCUGAUCAUAAAGAUUUCAAAAAGGUAAGAGUUCAGACUAUAUGUGACUGAAUGUUCUGGAGAUAUGGAGUAAAAACAGAAACAUUGUUACAUAAAGUCAAUCUGAGCUUAUAUAGUGGGUUAAAAGUAAAGUUGCUCCAGUUUUGGUAAGAAGUGACAAAAAUUAUUAGUUGAUCAAGUAGGAUUAAUAAAUGGAGUCGUUUUGACUGUGUUGAAUAUUCAGUCUCCAAAGUAAAGGUCAAAUAAGGUCAACCAUUCAUUGGAUUCUAUGACAUAUGACAUGUUACCGUGUAACAUGGAAACUAAGCAUGACACAUGGUGGCAACUACUCCUUUUCAGAACCUUGUUAGCCCAACCAAUAAUAUGCAUCACUUCUUAUCAAAACUGAAGCAACUUUCCCUUCUGACCUCUGUACAAACUGAAACUGACAUUUGUCAUCAUUUUUACCCCAUAACAUUCAGUCAUAGAUGGUCCAAAUCUUACCUUUUUGGAAUCGUUACGAUCAGACAAAUAAUGUGGUGUACUUUUCAAUAUAACUGGAACAUU